CCUGUUCUGUGUACGGAAGCCUCUCCCCAGAGUUUCCUUGAAGUCGUGGCCAACCUUUUUACCGCGGAGCGAGGCAGAGGGAGGAGGAGGAACUGCAAUUAAUUGGACGUUUCUUUUUUCUUUGUAGCAUUCAACUUCCUCCUGGUUUCCUCCUCCCAUCGUUUCCCACCCCGCACCCCCCCACCAAAGUGGACUGCGGUCGGUUUCACUCGGAGCUACAGAGUUGCUUCCUUACCCUCUGAAGUUUCCUGGUGUGUUUGUAGCAACAACUUGAACCGUCUCCAGAUCAACUCCUCAGAAGGUUUUGAAGAGAUGGAGGACACGGAUAAAGCCUCGGUCACAGCAGCAACGGAGGAAGAUGUUCACGCCAUUGGGGACACGGUUGACGCAAUGCCCGAUAGAGCUGGGAGGAUAUCAUUUUUUGGCAAGAAAAAAACCAAAGAUCAUGAACAAGGAAGAGAAGUUGAUGUAUCUGACCCUUGUAUCCGGGUGGUUACACCGAUGUUCCUGUAUAAUAUGAACUUCAAAAAAUUAGGAAAAUGCAUGAUUAUCAAUAACAAGAACUUUGAUGCAAAAACAGGAAUGAAUGUUCGGAAUGGCACAGACACUGAUGCUGGUAACCUGCAGAAGUGUUUUCAUUCCUUGGGUUUCAACGUUUCUGUUUACAAUGAUCAAACUUGUAGGCAGAUGGAGAACAUACUGAAACGUGCUGCUCAGGAAAACCACAGUGACCAUGCAUGUUUUGCAUGUAUCCUUUUAAGCCAUGGGGAUGAAGGCUUGAUCUACGGCACGGAUGGACCAAUGCCCAUAAAGACUCUUACCUCCCUCUUCCGAGGAGAUAUGUGCAAGAGUCUUGUGGGGAAACCCAAACUCUUUUUCAUUCAGGCUUGCAGAGGUUCAAAGUUUGAUGAAGGGAUACAGACUGAUUCUGGGCCAACAAAUAAUGAAGAGACCGACGCAAAUCCUCAACACAAAAUCCCAGUAGAAGCUGAUUUCCUGUAUGCAUAUUCCACUGUGCCAGGCUACUACUCAUGGAGGAAUCCAGGAAGAGGGUCUUGGUUUGUUCAGGCCCUGGUCAAUGCCUUGAAUGAAUACGGGAAAGAAUUUGAGAUCAUGCAGAUCCUCACCAGAGUCAACUAUAUGGUGGCCAUGGAUUUUGAGUCUCAGUCGCUCGACCCCCAGUUCAGUGAGAAGAAACAGAUCCCCUGCGUUGUCUCCAUGCUGACAAAAGAACUUUACUUUAAACAGAAAUAAAUUUUUAAAAAAAGGCACAAUAUAGUUCAGUUUACAUUUCAGGGAGAUUUUGAAUGGUAAAGUUUAAGCUGUUCAUUGGGUAGUUUGAGUGAACCAUUUUAGAAUUUUGCUGUAGUAAAUCGCAGAGUUCAGGUUAAAAAAAAAGAAGAUGUUGGCUUUUCUCUGUAUUAUGAAUCAGUUCCUUUAUUUUUCUCGUAUUUUCACAUUCUUAUAUAGUCCCAAACUGACCUCAACAUGUCUGCUCUGAUAUUGUCCGGAAACAGUUCACAAAUGAAGUGCAACCCGUUUAUAAAUGGUUAUAUGGUUUAAAAAGAAACUCAUAAACACACAAUGUAUGAUUGCAGCGCAACGUAUGAAUGGUACAGAUGCGUCUCAGAAUCCUGUUAACACAUUUUUCUUUAGAGAAACCAUUUACAAGGCUAGUUUUUCAACAACCUCUGCGGUGUGAAUUUCAGUACAUUUUGCAUGACGAGCUGUGAAUUUUAAACUGUAUAAACAGAAUUAUUUUAAUCAAAUAUACUUGGUUUAUCUUUCUAAACGAA